AUAACUGCUCACUCACACUCACUCUCACAGAGAUGUAGCAGUCUGUCACCCACAUUGAAGCCAUUUUCUCACACAGUCUCACACACAGAGCAUCAUGUGACCAGGCUGAGUUGCCAGAUAGAGAGUCACAAUGUUGUGAGGAGAGAGUGGAUAAUGAAACACCAUUAUGGGGACCGGGGCUGCCUCUUGUUGUUGCCCAGGGCCCCCCUCCCUGUGCAUCGUGCCUCCCCCAGUGAGUGCUCUCUCCGCUCCAUCCCACUCCUCCCAUUCCCCAGGCAAGAGGCGGUGCUGAUGGCUCCGUAGCUGCUGGAAGAUGCCUGCUCGCUGGCUCUCUUACUAACCAGCAUUAGGGAGCGACUGGCACCACGAGUGGGGGCUCAGCCUGAUUCCCGGGCACCCCAGCCGGGGUCAGAGCAUCCAUCUUGCUGUGGUCUGAGUGGCUUCAGCCGGUGCCAGUGCAGCUGUACCAGGGGGUCACACCCACACAGCCUAUGGCAGGGAUUCCAUGGAGCAGUCAGACAGGAGUCGCACACUGAUACAGCCGGCGCAAGUACAACAUCCAUCCUGGAGUCAACCUACCACUGUCGGACCUACCUACAUGGAUUCAGCAUUCACAUCUUCCCUUGCUGGAUCCAUCCCUUAGUGCCAUAUGGACCUAAUGUCGCUUUCUCUGAGGAACAUUAGAACCUGCAGGACCAGCAUCCAUUCCUGAGGGGAAGGAAGGGUUGUACAUGCCUUGGGCAUCCAGUUGUGGUAGUCCCACCUGCCCUCGGCCACCCCUUCCUCUUGUAGAACCGCUUUGUGGCUGACUGAUCUUUGUGGGACCACCAGAAGCCAUCCGAGCGAGUCCCACCUAGCCUGACUGCACCACCGCCAUGCAUAUUAGUUAAACCUACCACAACAAUCUCUAAUGGACCUCCAAUGACACCCAGAGUCCAUACCUACCCCUGGCCAGAUCCUCAGAGCCAACGUACACACCCCAGAGAGCCACAUCAAUAUCUUUCCUAUAUGUGCCCUGGAAUCUGCCCUGCAGGUUAGUGUAUUCAUCAUAAGUGGCUGUGGCUCAAUGUAUCACCCCCUCCUGUACUUAUGUGGAGCCUUAUUACCUCCAUCACCUUAAUAGCAGCUCCAUUAUUUGUCUCACUGAAUUCAGUGCCCAGCUGGACUUUACCAAUCUGCCACAGCCCUUAAUGCAUGCCCCAUAGUAUUCACCACCUUUCCACCCUACCAUUGGGUGUUUCAUCCGGCACGCUGCUUCCCCCACUCUCCCCUCUUCCUGUGACCCCCUCUUGUGCCCCCUCCUUGGCCUCUUCGUCCACCUCAACUCUGGGGAUGACGGCUGGGGAAUUCCCUCAUGGGAGCCCAGGGAGGGUGCCACAAGGGGGGCGAGGUUGUGCCCUACGGGGUUGCUACAAGGUGCUCUCUGUGAUGCUGCUGUUGGCCCAAGGGGCUUUACUCGACCUUUACUUGAUUGCUGGCACAGACCUAUACUGGUGCUCUUGGAUAGCCACUGACCUAGUGGUAGUAGCUGGAUGGGGUAUAUUUUAUUCCAAAAACAGCAGAGGUCAAAGAGCUAGACAGGGAUCACUUAACCCCUCCGGAUAUGGGCAAGUGAAGCUACACAAGAAGGGUCAAUUUGCUUACAGCCACCUGGCCUGGCUAAUUUACUCCAUUGCCUUCACUCCAAAAGUAGCUCUGAUACUUUGCACUCCCAUUCUGGAUCAGAUUGAAGCUGGAGUUCCCCUUGGGUGCACUGGGUUCAGACUUUCCGUUUCUCUCUCUGUACCCCUUCUAUGGACACUAGUCCGGUCCCUCAGUGCCGAUCCUCGGGGUUGGCUUCACCAAAGAGCUACUGGCUACUUUAUGGUUUCCUGUCUGGAUCUACUGGACAGCUAUGCCCUGUUGGAGCUCAUGUUGGAGGAGAAAUUACCAUACUCUUCUCUUAUACGUUAUCCCCUUCUGGUGGUGUACUUUGUGGCUUUAGUCUCCCCUGUGCUUUGGCUAUUUGAGCUGGAUGCUGGAGCCCCACCAGGCUGCUGCCGUCUCUUCUUGCGUCUUCUGUUUGGAACCCUUGUAGAUGCUCCUCUUCUCGCCCUACGGUGCUUUUUUAUGAUGGGUCCGGCUGGUCAGCCCAUCUCGGUUUUCAUGCUGAAAAACAUCUUCUUCAUGGGCUGUCGUUGGCUAGAAGUGUUGGAGCUCUGCUGCCUCCUGAGAUCACCGGGUCCUGAGCAUUCUGACCGGCCUCCUGGACAGUUCAGUCAUUGUGUGUCCGAGAAUGAUAUGGGACCUCAUGCCUAUGUCAACACAUUGGCCGUUGCCUCACAGAACUGAGGAUCAUCGCAGCUCCAUCUGUGGGAGAUCAUGUGUUUCUUGAAGGGUUACAUCUGGAUUUCAACUACAAUUUACCAUAGAUUAGUGUUUUUUAAACUUUUUGAUUUUAGGUUCUACCUUGAAGGUUGAACAUUUGGUCAGGGCUCCCCUUGAAGCUCCAGGGUCCCCUUUGAAGGUCCAACCUUUGGUUAGGGCUCCCUUGAAGGUCCAGUCUUCACUCAGGGUCCCCCUUGAAGGUCCAACAGGUUCAGUAUUCAAGGUUCCUUGGAUUCAAAAAUAGGUAACCCCAAGAUUUUAACCUAAAAUUCACCUUAGAUUAGUGGUUGUCAAACUUUUCGAUUUUAAGUUCCCACUUAAGGGUCCAAUCGUUGGUCAGGGCUCCCGUUGAAGAUCCAGCCAUUGGUCAGGGUUCCCUUUGAAGGUUCAACCUCUGGUUAGGGCUCCCUUGAAGGUCCAGUCUUCACUCAGGGUCCCCCUUGAAGGUCCAACAGGUUCAGUAUUCAAGGUUCCUUGGAUUCAAACAUGGGUAACCUCCAGAUUUUAACCUAAAAUUCACCUUAGAUUAGUGGUUGUCAAACUUUUCCAUUUUAAGUUCUCCCUUAAGGGUCCAAUUGUUGGUCAGGGCUCCCCUUGAAGAUCCAGUCAUUGGUCAGGGUUCCCUUUGAAGGUUCAACCUUUGGUUAGGGCUCCCUUGAAGGUCCAGUCUUCACUCAGGGUCCCCCUUGAAGGUCCAACAGGUCCAGUAUUCAAGGUUCCUUGGAUUCAAACAUGGGUAACCUCCAGAUUUUAACCUAAAAUUCACCUUAGAUUAGUGGUUGUCAAACUUUUCCAUUUUAAGUUCUCCCUUAAGGGUCCAAUUGUUGGUCAGGGCUCCCGUUGAAGAUCCAGCCAUUGGUCAGGGUACCUCUUGAAGGUCCAACCUUUGGUUAAGGCUCCCCUUGAAGGUUCAACUUUUGAUCACAUUUAGCCAAGGUCUUCUUUGAAGGUCUAUCCUCUUGUCAGGGCCCUCGUGAAGGUCCAUUGUUCAGUCAGGGUCCUCCAUGAAGGUCCAUUGUUCAGUCAGGGUCCUCCGUGAAGGUCCAUUGUUCAGUCAGGGUCCUCCUUGCAGGUCCAUUGGUCAGCCAGGGUCCUCCUUGCAGGUCCAUUGGUCAGCCAGGGUCCUCCGUGAAGGUCCAUUGUUCAGUCAGGGUCCUCCUUGAAGGUCCAUUGGUCAGCCAGGGUCCUCCUUGAAGGUCCAGUUUCCUUUAGCACAUGAAAUGGGUACAGAUAUAGGAAAAUAUCAGUCAUUCAGCCAUAGUUUCAAAAUAUCUUGGUCCCCUAAUACAUAUAUUCACCCUUAUGGUCAUCCUAAUUGACCUUUCUUGCGUACCUAAGAAAGCAAAUGGCAAUUAUCUCCAAGUUCUUCCCCUAAGUACCCUCACCCUGAGCCCCCUUGUCCUCCACGCCCUUCCCAGUGGAGGCAGCCCCAAAGUUGGGGAGCCAGAAAGUUCAUAUGGACUUUAAUGUGAGUUUGUGCCAGUAUAUACAGGGAAGUUAUCCAAAAAGACCCCCGAUAUUGGCCGUUUGAUGGGUGAAAAUGGUCAAAGAGUUAAAUGGUCAAGGUCUAAAGAGUCAACUGGGAACAGGUCAAUUUAAUAAAUGUAGUUCAUCAAACAAUGUUGGUUCUGACUUCCCAAUAACUAGAUACUUUUUUUUGAAAUACUAAUGAUACUGUGCUUGACCGUACUGUCUCUUUAAAUAAUUCUGUAUGGUAUUGCAGCAAUGUGACUAAUUGUGCUUGCAUGGGAAACUGUAUUUUCUGGUAUUUCUGUGAUUGUCUCUAGCAGCAGUCCCGCCUUGCUUUAUGGCAGAGAUUCUAGAUACGGGUGCAACAGAUCAAAUGCACAAUAUCCGGAAGGUUCCCCUUAUUUGGCUUAUAAUAAGAAGCAAUGAUUGUUUAA